AUGAGAGGGAAAAUAUAUGGUGAUCUCCCGUUUUUUUUUUUUUUUCUUUAUUUAUUUGUGUAUUUAUUAUUUUGGCGCGUGUGCGUAUCAUUUUUAUUUACGAGCAGCAUCUGCAUGGCGAAGGAACUCACAACAUUGCAGGUUGUUCUUUCUGCCUCCGUCUGCAUUAUGGUCGCAUUGGUAGGCAUUCUUUUGUGCUGCCGUGGAAGGCGGCAGGAUCACCCGUCGACGACAAUGAGUUGCUACAAACCUCUUCUUUUCUAUCGGAGUUCAUCACAUGUGGCUAGAAAGUGUGGGGACCGGGGGCCGUCAUUCAUGCCUCUCUCACCAUCGGAUAAAUGUCGAAUUUCUGAAUGGCUACUGGAGGUGCAGAGGGCCAUUGACAAUAGUGGCAAUUCGCUUGCUGUGCCGGGAUUGUCUGAUCCACGGAACCCAACGGUAGUGGACUCUUUGGCGAUGAUGGCAACCGUGCAAUUUUGCUCAGAUACCUCUGAAAAGAUAAUUAUGGAGAGCUCGGCGUCUGAGUACGCGACGUACAGUCCUCGUGUGUCUGCCGUGGAGGGAUCGACAGAACCUCUUACGUUUCAUUUGGACCCACUUAUUCGCUAA